AUGUUAGUGAAUCUAUGAAAACACAGAGAGAGAAAAAAAAACCCGGAAAUAAAUUACAAGCCUAUACUCAAGGUCAAGAACACGGAAAAUCCUCCGUGUUUACUUCCCCGCACCUUAGAAUUAACGUUAUCAAGUCAUCACGUUGUAUGAAAAAGCGUAAUUUCGCUAUCAAAAUCACGCUCAGUUUCCGACCCACAAGACAUAUAAAAGUGAAGAGUUUGAAGGAGAUAAAGGAAGUUCUAGAAAAAAGUUGGAGCAGAAUGGCCGUGUCUAAAGUUUGGUGCUUUUUCACUGUGUGUGUUUUGCUAUCUCUGGUGGUCGCCUGCUAUUCAGACGAAACUGAUGCUGACGCUCCGAUAGAAACUGUUGGAAAUAAUGCCGCGCGCGUGCUUCUAUCUGCGAGGGAAGAUUCUAUGUACAACACACAGAGAAAUCGUCAGAGGAAACGGUGUGGUUUCUGGAGGCGGAUCCGAGGAAAAUGUUAAAUCUUUCUAACGGAGGUGGAAUAUUUUAAAGAUUUUUAAUCACAGCAUCUUACUCAUAAUGAAAUAUGUAUACAUCAGAUGUCUCAUCUCUCAUUUUAAGAAAACAAAUCUAGCUGACAUGUUUUUUGUCGGAGUAAAUUCAUGACAUUCUUGAAGAUACAUGUACCAAAGAUAAGUGAUGCAGAAGAAAAACACCUGUGAUCUGUGUGAAAAUGAUUUUUGAAUCGAAUUCGGACUACGAAUGCAUCACAAGAUGUGCCAGGGAUUUCGCAAUUUGUAUACACAACCUUUGGCAUGCUAGCGAACUUCUCCCCUCUAGUGAUCUCUUCUAAGGUUCUCGCACUGUUGCUGGCAUUGGAACUGUUUUAUUUGUAAUACUCUGCACUCUCUGCGGAUGGAGCCUACGUAGAUAUAUGCAUUGAAGAUCAAAAUCUCCAAGCAAAUGUUUAAGUAAUUGCGUUUCUAUUCUCUAUGUUACAUGUACGUUCAUUUGCAAAAUUGUAUGUUUUAAAUUUGUUUUAAAAAACAACAACAGAAAAACACAAACAAAAACCCCAAACCAAACAAACACAUGAUCAUUUAUCUGUGUUCGUCCAACGAAGUAAAUACUCACAUUAUGUAAUUUUUCAUAAAAUGUUAUAUAUUUGUCGGCGUUUAUAUUGUGUCAAAAUAAAAAAAAACACUAUAAAAUAUCUUAGAUUUAUCAUAUCUUUUCAAUAAAAAAUGCGUUAUUCAUAAUCUACAGUUGACAUGUAAGACCCUUCAAUGAUCGCAAAUACAUUCUACAAUAAAACUUACGGAAAUACCGGUGAUUUUCCCUAUUAUGGAGAAAUUCGUAUACAUGUAUAUACAAAUUUCUCCAUUAUAGGAAAAUUCACCGCUUUUCCCGUGAGUUUUAUUGUAGAAUAUUUUUAAAAAUACUUUAAUAGCAUGGUCUUAUUGUGAGAAUUCCGUUAAACUGUGCCAUAACACUGCAUUAGCGUCGAUUUUCGAAUCAACCUUUGGGGCCAGAAUGAGACUACUCUAGAGAUCGAAAGAAUAAGCCAUAAUCAAAUUAAUCCGACCAAUUUUAAUCAUAAUAUCUAUCUAUCUAUCUAUAAAAGUUUCUUUUAAGAUUAGUAAAACGUUGAUUUAAAUUUACCACUAAGUGCUUAGGAACAAAAAUUACUUGCAAAAUACACGGAACAAAAUAAUAAUGGCUAUGAUUUGAAAACUCAAGGCCGAAACGAAGUUAGAGGAGUUAUACUUGAAUUGCUGUUUUAAAAGACAGAAAUAUGUGAAAUAUAUGGUGCAUGUACAAUGUAGCUCAGUGGUUUCAGCGUUCGCUUCAUAACCGGGAGGUCGCGAGUUCAAGCACGCUCGUUCCAUGGCCGCGUCAAAACCAAGAAGUGUUUGCUUCUUUGCCAAACGCUCUGAAUUUAUUUCUAAGUGAGAGUCAGUGGUGUUUCGGAUAUAACCUUAAAAACGGAGAUUCCAUUGGCAGGUUAAGGAGCCCUUAACUGCGUCGGCCCUGAACUCUAGCUUUGGUCUGUAUUUGUGAUACUUUACCUACAGCGGGUGACGUCUCAAUAUGAUUGAAAAAUUCUCUAAGGGACGUAAAAAAACUCCUCAAAACCACCACCAAAUCUUUGGACUUUUCUCCAGCUUAAUCUAAUUUAGUAUGGUCUUUUACACUCCAAGAUCAAAUUGUUGAAAAGUGCCUUUAAAUGAAUCAUUUUUACUUAUGCCAAUAAGAUGAAGGAUUUAUCAUGAAUUUUGUUAUUCAUUUUGAAUACGUCUUUUAUAAAAAGUUGAAAAUAACAAACAGCGAUCAACAUCAUAACGUGGGGAUCCGGGUUAGAAUAGGUCCUCAGUACCCCUUGCUUGUCGUAAAAGGCGACUAACUGGGACGGUCCUCCGGAUGAGACCAUAAAAAACCGAGGUCCCGUGUCACAGCAUGUGUGGCACGAUAAAGAUUCCUCUCUGCUCAAAGGCCAUUAGCGCCGAGCAUAUAGGCCUAAAUUUUGCAGCCCUUCGGCAAUGGUGUCGUCUCCGUAUGAGUGAAAUAUUCCCGAGAGGGACGUUAAACAACAAUCAAUUAAUCAAUCAACAUCAUAACUUUUACAAAAUUUACAGAGGUUAUUUUAUGUGAUUAAAGGACAUAUCUCAUGUUUUCAAAGUAUACAAUAUUACAUGCAUUUUGUCUUCUUUAUGCUUAUAGUAAUUAAUUCUAAUAGUUCGUUCGCCGAAAUUUUGCGAUAAUUAACCACAAUACAGACUUAAGCCUCGAUUUCAAAAAGUCAAGUUAAUUAGGUAGGUAGUCACGUGGUACAGUGACGUCACGUGCGCCCUUCGGAUUGUGAAAGUACUGCGAGAUAUUAUUAAAAACUCAACUUUUAGGGGCCUAAUUAAUUUACCAUGGGCAACAUUUAAAUCGAUGUUGAUAAAUUGUCCGAGUUUUAUAUGUGUUCGCCACCAGUGCACACAUAUAACAAUGUAAAUACCCAAAUAUAGCGAGUAAAGCGUGUAUGAAAUCGGCAAAAUUGUGAGUAAAUAAUGUUUAUAUGGGUCGCUGUCUACAAACUGUUUGGGGAUGUUAUUCCUUUAUACAUCUGUAAUUGGUGCUGUUUUUCUAAAAUAAACCGUGCAAUCAUUAUUUAUUUUUGGAUUAGACAAAUUAUGAUACGUUAAAUUGUUGACAACUAGGCCCUAUGCCAAGCUAUUGUCACGCGUGCAUUUCGGAAAGAAAGAAAAAGACAACACACACACAAAUCAAUAAAAAUAUUCAAAUUUAAAGUGGUAAUCACAUUAUUUUAUUUUGAUAAAGCAAUCUUAUUACUAUUUUUGAAUUGUGAUCUGCACGUCUUUAGGAAGUACGAAGUGGGAGCACGGCGUUAUAGCCUACUGACGCACUCAAGAUGCUACAAGUUCAAUAAAGAAAUAAUUUUAUAAUUCAAUUUAAAGUUAGGAAAUACAAUAUUCUAUUAUUUGUAUAAUUUAAAGUUAAAUUAUUUUGUAUCUUUAUUUUUUGUUGUUGUAAAUCUACCAGUUGUUAGAAGUUACAUUGUAUCGUCGAUAUAUGUUGUUACUAGGUGAAGGUCAGUUGAUCCGAGUAUUGAAUUUGAAGAGCAAAACAGAAUGUAUGCUAUAGGCCUACCAGUGCUUAUAGCUUCGAUAUAUCCAUUUUCUCGCAGUUUAUCAGGGUCUCUGUCCAAGCGAUGUUUGAAAAGGUGACUGGGUGUGUUUUUUAAGGUAAAGUUCUUGCUCCAACAAAAAAAUUAUCCACGUCUUUUUUCUCGUACCUUCCUUCGAAAAAUUGAAAAAUACUCAGUCUUAAUCCUUUCUACCGACAACUAGUACACCCGAGCACGGCACAAAACAUCUUAAUGCAUUAUUAUUUACAAGCCGUUAACGUGACAAUUGGUUUUUUGUCGAUUAAAUCUCAUCUGUUUAUGAAAUGGCUAAUAGAUGUUUUCAAACCCGAGGGCGCAUAUGACGUCACACAAAAUGGCGCGUAAACUAGCGAAAGAAAAUAUGCAUAUCGCAAGAUUUGAAUUUCAUCGUUUUCAAACUCGAAAACUACGCAAAAUAUUUCAUUUAAAACACAUUUAAAGUAGUUUUAGGCAUAAAAAGAGUUAAUUUUGCUGAAAAAAUGAAAAAGUUUAGAAACAUGCGUUGUGUCCUUUAAGUUGAACAAGAGCGUUGAACACUGUUGAACAUGGUAAAGGGUCCUUAAGAGACCAGCUAUUUUUGGUAACUAGGGCAUUUCGUAUUCGCAAUAACUUCCGAUAAGGAAAUUCACACGACACGAAGACAGACUUUCUACUCAAUUUUGUAAAAAUAAAAUACACAAGGAAGAGUCCUGAAACCUUUUCUGAAUCAUAUCUAUAAAUAUCACCCGUUGACGAUCAACACGUUAUGCACAUGAUUAAUAACCGGGGCGCAGCUUUACUCACUCUACAUGAUGCAUUUUUCAUAAAAGUCCAAAUAUAUAUUUAUACUGACGAGAACCUUGGGCCCUAAAGGUCACCUGUUGAUGUCUGAACACGACCCAGGGGUAAUGAAUUUCACAUUAUUGAUAAAGGCCUCCGUGCUCAUCAUAUCUGGGCUUCCUUUUUUCUGAUAAUUGUUUAAGAACAAAGAAAAAUGUUCUUUUUAUCCGAUGCAAGACCCAUUUAUCCUUGUUUUAAUUUGUUUGUUUUACGGUCUUAUUUAUAUUUUGGAUGAAAUGUGAAAAAAAGGUCACGCGAUAAUGACAUUCUUAAAUGCUUUAGUUAACAAGUUACGUUAUUGAAAAAUGAAGCGUGUUGCAAUGACAAUUAAAUUUCAUGUCACACACACCCACACGCACACGCGCACACACACGCGCACGCGCACACACGCACGCACGCACGCACGAACAUCUACAGUUCUUUCACGCACACUGCUCUUUAUUAGAAAGUCAGGUCCUAGUAGGCGCAGAAUAAUCCAUGUAAAGUUUUGAGAGAUGAUGUGUGAUAACCCACUGGGUACCAAUUAACUUGAUGGACUUGGAAUUCAAAGUGGUAACAACCUCCGUCAAUUGUCGUAAACAACUUAUUCGGUUCAACAGACUGUCAUGUCAGCGAGCUAAGCUACUAGUAUUUUGCUCCAAAAUAUUCUUCAGCGCGCGUAACAUUGACAUCAUUACAUUUAUUUAACAAAUGCAUCAAUCAAAUUUUGCUUCACACAUGUAACGCACAUAUUAAGUACAGAAUGAAAUAAUCCGACUUAACUCACUAUGAGUUAAGUCCAGUUAUUGAAAUGAACAGAACAUGUAUUUGUCCAGGCAAAGAAACAUAACUCUCGCAUUCGAUAGAAUUGCGCGGUUUUGACACUAUCCCCCCAAACACCUAUCGUGACACUUUCCCUUUUCUAACCCGCGUAUAUCUACUGCGCAAGCGCGAAUUGCUAGUUCUUUUUGAGUUCCAUGUCGACGAAAAUACAAAUUGUCUCGAUCACGAAAUCCAAUUCAACACCAUCGCCCGUCCUCGACUGACUUCCAACGUAUUUGGGUAAAGUAAACACAUAUAUAAUUUGCGGUACGUAUUUAUGUUCUAUUAUUUUUGCUUAAUUUGGUAGUUCAACGCUUUUAUUCAUGGGUACGGGCUUUUCAAGGCGACUUGCUUCAUCUACACCGCCAUUGUACACGUCGGGUCGGCAUCAUGGUCGGUUCUUAACUAAAGGAUAAUUUGUUAUUAUUCAAUUAACUCUAAGUCAUUUAAGCCUUGCUAUUCUAUUUCCAAACAUCCACUGUAAUAUCUAGCAUUAAUUUUUGUUUUUUCAAACUUGUCUGUAAUAUCGCAAUUUUCAUUUAGGUCUACUUAGCUAACCACAACACGUGCUGAUUCUUAUAUUCCUCUUAUAAUAUUGUUUAACUUCGUAGAAAAUGUUGCGACGUACGAAACGCCCUUCCAAAUCACCUUAUGCCAGACCGGCACAACACCCUGCACUUCGUUCAUUGCCCACACGGACUUCGACCCCUGCAAUUAUUGCCCAGACUCAACCCCGUUCGACAACCCAACCCCAAGUGGAGAACCAGAUAGAGGACACGCCUCUCGCUCAACCACUAAGGCAGCCUCCCAGCCUCAUCACGGAAGCAACUGUAUCCACACAGCCACCAGCAGCAUCUGAGACACCCUACACAACGGGUGAAAAUCCUCUUAUAAGCAUCACUGAUGAGCUUGGGGUUCACGUCCCUCAAGCCAUCAAAGAUAAAAUUUGGGCAAAACAAUAUGUUGAUUUGUCAAAACUUCUCGAUUCAGAAUCAGAAAACGGCCAUGAUGCGCACAAAUUUUCAAUCAUAGAGGGUCAAUUAGUUGCAGAACCCAAGGUCAAACAUAUUAAAAUUGCCACGAUCGAUAACUGGAUCGAUGCGUUUUUAAUAUUCGCAAGUAUAUAUCUCGCUAGGCACCCUUCCGACAUCCAGGCCAUCUUGAAAUAUAUCCAUACCAUUCGCAUGGCACAUGGCCGCCAAACAAAUUGUAACUGGCUCGAGUACGAUAGGCAGUUCAGGCUAAAAAUCUCAAAAAAUCCCACUAUCUCCUUUGGUUCCAUUGAUGCUGAGUUAUGGCUCAUGUAUAUGCAAUCACAGGUCUCCUACUCAUCAAAUCACUCAAAAACUGCAUUCAAGUGUUUCGAUUAUAAUUUUAAAGGUUCAUGCCUUAAACCACACUGCACAUUCCAACAUGUUUGUAUGCACUGCAACAAGUCUCAUCCCCGCACACACUGUUGGUCAUUCAACUCUCCUCAAUCCAAGUCUACUACCCCAACUCCCCCUCGUCCAAACACGGCUCAAAACUAUCCCCCACAAAGUAACGAUUUUCGAAAUUACAAACCAAAACAUUCUUUUCAACCUCAGCGGACGAGAUUUAAUCAACCUAGGUUCAACUCCAAUUAAGCGCCCAGUACUUGCGAAAUAUUUAGCACUAUAUCCAAAUACCGAAGAUGCCCAAUUUUUGCUUAACGGUUUCUCUUUCGGAUUUUAUUUGAACUACUCGGGUCCUAGAGUUUACCUACAUCCGAAAAACAUGAAAUCAGCAAGCGAGCAUGCAAAUCAGUUAUUGACUAUUAUUGAAAAAGAAAUCGCAUUAGGACGUAUAGCUGGACCUUUUUCCAACCCCCCUUUCCCCAAUUUCCGUUGUAACCCUAUAGGCGUUUUGCCUAAGAAAGACGGGGGUUGGAGGUUAAUUUCAAAUCUAUCGGCACCUGUAGGUAUUAGCGUUAAUGAGCAUAUUGACCCCAUUUUGUGUUCAGUUCACUAUGCUUCAUUCGACCAGGCAAUUUCCUUAAUACAAACCUCGGGUAAAGGGGCGUUACUUUGCAAGAUGGACUUGUCUAGUGCAUUCAGACUUUUGCCAAUUCAUCCAUCAGAUUUUGCUUUAUUAGGCAUGUGUAUUCGAGACCAAUAUUACUUUGAUAUGUGUAUGCCGUUUGGUUGUGCCAUCGCUUGUUCAACAUUCGAAAAAUUUUCAUCAUUCCUCCAUUGGCUAGUAGGCCGAAAGGCACUCAAUCAAAAUCUCACCCAUUACCUUGACGAUUUCUUGUUCGUUGGUAAACAAAAUACUUCACAAUGUUUAGAUAUUGCCAAUAAUUUUCAGGCAACUUGUGAGGAAUUAGGCGUUCCAAUAAACCAUAAAAAAAACACAAGGCCCGACCACACGAUUGUGUUUUUUAGGUCUGGGAAUCGAUACGGUAGCACAGACCAUUUUUAUACCAGACAAUAAGAUUCAAGAACUUCAGUCCAAACUUCAUGCGUUAGUCGCUUUAAAAAAGGUUACCCUUAAAGAAAUGCAAUCAUUAUGCGGCUCCCUCAAUUUCUUUGCUAAAGCCAUUCCAGGCAGCAGGGCAUUUAACCGCAGAUUCUAUAACUCCACCAUUGGCAUACGGAAACUUUACUUUCUAAUCAAAGUUACACAAGCAAUCAGAGACGACGCAAAUGUUUGGCUCAAUUUUCUCGAGCAUUACAAUGGGUAUUCCCCCUUUCCAGAAUUACAUUGGUCUACUAACCAGGCCCUUAACCUCUUUACCGAUAGUUGCGGAUCCUACGGCGGAGGUGCAAUUUUUCAGAAUCAUUGGGCAGUAAUUUCCUGGCCAUCUUCAUGGGGUAACGAGGUACGACGGGAUAUUACUUUUUUAGAGCUAGUUCCCAUCUUAUUAGCUAUUUGGGUCUGGGCUGAUCAUUUUAAAGCAAAGAAAUUGCUUAUAAACACCGACAACAUAGCUUUGGUACACAUACUAAAUUCUCAGUCUAGUAAGUCUCAGCGCGUCAUGUCUCUCUUAAGGCCACUAAUAUUGUUAUGCCUGAAGUACAACAUCCAGAUUAAAUCCACUCAUAUAUCGGGCUAUAAAAAUUCCAUUGCAGACUCUAUUUCUCGAUUUCAGUGGGAAAAAUUCAGGACCCUCGCUCCACAUGCAGACAAGAAUCCAGCCCUCAUACCUCCGGCAUUAUUGACUCUUUUAGACCUCAAGUAGAUUGUUUGCUUGACGCCGCCAUAGCAAAAAACACAGCAUCAACUUAUCAAAAAGCCCUAAACUCUUUUCUGAACUUUCGUAUCAAAUAUAAAUUGCAGUUAUGUUGGCCCCCACCAGUUGACCAGUUUAUUAACUAUAUUGCUUUCUUGAGUGCCAACAAAGUAUCGUUUUCAACCGCUAGGUGUUACCUAAGUGGCAUUAGUUACAAAAUUCAGUUAGAGGGCGGUAUUGACAAUACUAGGGCAUUCAUAGUAAGGAAAAUGCUAGAGGGAUUCCAUAGGCUGAACCCAGCAAAGGAUACCCGCUCCCCUAUCACUCUUCGUAUACUGAACCAGUUAAUACCUAUCCUGCCUGUAGUUUGUUCAAGCUCAUACGAAGCCACUAUGUUUUCCACCGCUUUUCAGUUGGCAUUUUUUGCAUUGUUGCGGGUUGGCGAAAUUACCUUCACUAGUCAUGCCACUCCUACACUGUUGUACAAUGACGUAUCAAUAGGCGAUGAACAUAUUUCGUUGUUUAUAACUGGUUCAAAAACGGAUCAAUACAAUAAGGGUUCUACUUUGCACAUUCCACUGAACUCCCAAACAGAUUCAUUGUUCAAGCACUUGCACAACUUUUUGUCCAUUAGACCCCAAUCACGUGGCCCAUUUUUCUGCCACCUUAACGCCAAACCGCUCACUAGAUAUCAAUUUACAUCAUUAUUGCACAGGUCUAUUGAAUUUAUCGGUUUAGAUACCUCUAUUUUUAAGUCUCAUUCAUUCAGAAUAGGUGGAACUACCCAUUUGUUUUUACAAGGAAUCCCCGAAGAUGAAAUUAAGGCUAGAGGCAGAUGGAAAUCUGACGCAUUUAAUUCCUAUAUCAGAGCCUAAAGUUUAAAUUUUUUAGUAUACCUGCAACAUUUCGUGUUCUAAUUGAAUACCCAAGUUUGUAGGUUCCCGUACUACUGUCUGGAUCAUUGGCUCUUCCAUUAUUAAUCAUGCUGCCCGCCACGCAGAAAAGCAUUUCGGAAACCAGCAUAUGGAUCUACUACAGCACAAUAUCUCAAUUUUUUGGUCCGGUAAGAGCGGUAUGGUGUGGGAGGAGGUGGAGCCAAUAGUUAAAAGUAUUGUUCAAAAAAGGGGCAAACCUGACGUUAUAUUAAUUCAUGGCGGGGGUAACAGUAUUGGUACAAUGCCCUUGGCUAGAUUGCAAAAGUUCAUGAAAUUAACUUUUGCAAAUUUACAAACUUUUCUUCCACAAACUCGAUUCAUAUGGUCCCAAAUUCUCCCCAGGCGUUACUAUAGACAUAUGUUCUCAAAUAUUGCAGCCGAUAAAGCACGUAAGCGUAUCAACAAAUCUUUAGCGCCAUUUGUAAUAGCACGCAAUGGCGCAUACAUAAAAUACCCAGGACUUCAACAAUGUUCUUCCACGUUUUAUAGAGACGGUACGCAUUUGUCGGAUAUUGCUCAGGUUACGUUUUUAAACACCAUCCGGAAUGGAUUGCUUAGCAUCAUCCAAAGAAACGCUCGAAUAUUUCCUUAACCACACGGCUAUUUGAUAAGCAGUCUCCCUGUCAUGGCUCGAGCAAAAUUUUGCCCGCUCGUGGCGGAUGUCUUCAUGUACGUAAAUAUUUCUCAUACAUACAUGAAGACAUUUGGCCGAAUUUUGCUAAGCCUGCCACAGAUUUUGUUUCAUUCCAGGUCCGUGGCUAAUAAUUAGGCUUAUUGACAUUGCAUGAUUGAUAUUGAUUGAUUGACAAAUUGAAAUGAUUGAUUGAUUGAAAUGAUUGAUUGAUAUAUUGAUUGAUUGACACAUUGGUGGAAUGAAAUAUUGAUUGAUUGAUUGAAAAUAUUGAUUGAUUGACACAUUGGUGAAUUGAAAUAUUGAUUGAUUGAUUGACACAUUGGUGGAUUGAAAUAUUGAUUGAUUGAAAAUAUUGAGUGAAUUAUUGAUUGAUUGACCGAAACAUGGAUGGACUAUUGAUGCUACAACAUAACUAUCCAAAAGUCGUUGUAGAUCAUGGAUUUAUACAUACUGAUGUUUUGUAUUAAUAUGAACAUUGUCGUUGAAUUGAAAAUACGUUUUUAUUAAGUAAAGCCAUGACAAAGACUGCCAA